AUGGAUCCAUCUCAAGCAGCACUUCAAGCACUAAUUGUAGAAACAGAAGCCCUUGGAUGGGAUUUUCCCAAACUAGAUGUCAUUGAAGAAGCUCCUCCUAACCAAGAAGCUUUUGCUCUUAUAUGCAAACUACUAGCCUUAAAACCCAUAAACUCACAGCUGGUUCGAGCUACUCUAGUCGCAACUUGGAAUUUUGCUGCUCCUCUAGCUAUUGAAGUUCUUGCUCCCAACAAGUUUUUAAUCAGAGUUCCCCUCCAAGACCACCUUGAUCGCAUCCUUCAUCAAGGUCCUUGGAACAUCAGAGGAUCUUUACUUCUACUUCAUCCUUGGUCUCCAGAUUUCGCAAUUGAUGAAAUUGUGCUGCAUCUUUGUCCCUUCUGGAUACAGGUGCAUGGGCUACCUCGACAAAAUGUGACAACUCGUAAUACUAUCAUAAUUGGGAAGGCUCUGGGAUCACUCUUGGAGGCAGAUGAUCUAGAUAAUUCGGGUCUUAUUUGCCGUCAACACCUCCGUUUCAGUGUUGAACUGAAUACUUCUCUUCCAUUGGUCCCUGGUUUCAAUCUUCCUCGACCUAAUAAAGAACCAUUUUGGAUUAGCUUCAGGCAUGAAAGGCUUGGUGAUUACUGUACGUUGUGUGGUCUCAUUGGACACAAAAAACCCAGUUGUCCAAAUCCUCCACAACCAUAUCCUCUUGCCAAAUACAAUAUCCCUCUUCAAGCCUUUUCUUUCUCCAGUCUCAGGAAUGUUUCAUUUUCUUUACGGGAAGACUCUGAUUCCGGUAUCUCAUUGGAUGGUACAACUCAUUCUCGAUCUGAAGCUCACUCAAGCUCCUCUCAUGGCAUCGAGUCAACUCAUCUCUAG